ACUGGUUUAGUUAGGAUGUUUGUAUCUUCUUGAUUCAGCUUUGGUGAUUCAUAUGUAUCUAUUCAUAUGUGUCCAUUUCUUUUGUAUUUUUCAUCUUGUUAGGAUACAAGUUUUCAAAGUGUAGGUAUAGAUGAUCUUCUAAAUUUCUACAGGGUCUGUUGUGAUUUCACCCAUUUCAUUUUUAAUUGCAUGAAUUUGAGUUUUUUCUUUCCUUUUUUGGAUAAGGUUGGAUAAAGUUCUUUCUUUCAAAGAACCAAUUGUUUCAUUCAAAUAUAUUUUUUUGGUAUUUUUGUUUUUAGUCUCCAAAGCAUUAAUUUUGGCUCUGAUCUUUAUAAUUUCCUUGCAUAUAUGAGCUUUUGGCUUAGCCUACGCCUCUCCUUCUAGAAGUUUGAGGUUCACCAUUAAGUUGUUCAUGUGUGCUUGUGCUGUUUUCCAUAUAUGUGUAUUGACUUCUAUAAAUUUCUCUUUUUGAACUGCUUUUGUAUCCCAUAAGUUACAGUAUGUUAUAUUAUCAUUAUUAUUCAACUGUAAAAACUGUCUAAUUUCUUCUUUAAGUGGCCCACUGAUUGUUUAGGAGAGUGCUAUUUCAUUUCCCUGUGUUUAUGAAGUUCUUGUGGUUUCUUUUGCCAUAGCUUUCCAAUUGCAAUGCCCUGUGGUCUAAUAGUAUGCAUGGGAUAAUUUCAGUUUCUUUGCAUUUACUUAAACAUAUUCUGUGAACCAGUAUGUGGUCUUGUUUUGGAGACUGUCCCUUGUAUAGCUGAGAAAAGUGUACAUUCUGAUGUUGUAGGGUAAAACACUCUAUAGACAUCUACCAAGUCCAUUUGUUCAAAAGUUUGGUUCAGUUCUGACAUUUCAUUAUUGAUUUUUUUUGUCUAGUUAAUCUUUUUGAUUUUUCAUGUCCAUUAGUAUUUGUAUUAUAUUGUCUGAUGCACUAGUAUGUGUUGCAUCUAUAUUUAUGAUUGUUAUUUCUUCCUUCUGGAUUGUUACCUUUACAAGGAUAGUAGUGGCUUUCUUUAUCUCUGUUAAUCAGUCUUGACUUGAAAUUCACUUUGUCUGCAAAUAGAAUAGCUACUUCCUAUUUUUUCUGGGUUCCUGUCUCAUGGAGUAUUGUUUCCCAUCCUUUGACUUUCAGUCUGUGAAUUUCUUUUUGAAUUAAAUACUUUUGUAUGCAGCAUAUUGUUGAAUUUUGGUUCUUGAUCCAUUCUGCCAGUGUCACUUGACUGAUGAAUUGAGACCAUUAGCAUUCACUGUUAUAACUGAGAUAUAUUAUCCUUGUCAUAUUAUUUUCCAGUUCUUGGCUCCGCUGAUCUUUUUACCCUUCUAAUUGUUUGCCUUCUCUGGUGUAUUCCUUGUGUUGGGGUUCAUGGAACUGUAGUCCUUAUCUCUUUCUAGAAUGUCCUUCAAAACAUUUUGGAGUGCUGGUUGGCUGAUUAUAAAUUUCUUCAGCUCUUCUUGGUCAUGGAAGUAUCUUAUUUCUCCAUCAAUUCUGAAAGAUAGUUUUGUGGAAUACAUCAAUGUGGGCUGAAAGUUGUUUUCCUUUAGAAGUUGGAACACUUGGACUUUCUGAAUAGGAGCACUACAGGCGUCCGAAAGCCCGCACAGGUGUUUAGAGAAAAUGGCAGACGAUAUUGAUAAAGCAAUGCUUGAGGCUCCUUAUAAGAAGGAUGAGAACAAGUUGAGCAGUGCUAACGGUCAUAAAGAACGUAGCAAAAAGAGGAAGAAAAGCAAGAGCAGAAGUCAUGAACCAAAGAGAAGCAAAAGUAAGGAAAGAAAGCAUAGUAGACAUAGAGAAAGGAAAAAGAGCAAAAGCCGUGAACAGCAGCAAAGCAGAAGCAAAGAAAGGAGACGGAGCCGCUCAAGAAGUUGAGAUCGAAGAUUCCGAGGCUGCUACAGAAGUACCUACUCCGGACUAAAAUUUAACAGUGCAAUCCGAGGAAAGAUUGGGUUGCCUCAUAGCAUCAAAUUAAGCAGACGACAUUCUCAAAGCAAAAGCCCAAUCAGAAAAGACAAGAGCCCUCUGAGGGAACCUAUUGAUAAUCUAACUCCAGAGGAGAGAGAUGUAAGGACAGUUUUCUGCAUGCAGCUGGCAGCAAGAAUUCGAUCAAGAGAUUUGGAAGAGUUUUUCUCCACUCUUCUAGGAAAGGUUCAAGAUGUAAGGAUGAUUUCUGAUAGAAAUUCCAGACGUUCCGAAGGAAUUGCUUAUGUGGAGUUUGUUGAUGUUAGUUCAGUGCCUCUAGCAAUAGGAUUAACUGGGCAACAGGUAUUAGGAGUGCUAAUCAUAGUUCCAACAUCACAGGCAGAAAAAAACAGAGCUGCAGCAAUGGCAAACAAUUUACAAAAGGGAAGUACUGGACCUAUGAGGCUUUAUGUGGGCUCAUUACACUUUAACAUAACUGAAGAUAUGCUUCAGGGGAUAUUUGAGCCUUUUGGAAGGAUUGAAAGUAUCCAGCGCAUGAUGGACAGUGAAACAGGUCAAUCGAAGGGAUAUAGAUUCAUUACAUUUUCUGACUCAGAAUGUGCGAAGAAGACUUUGGAACAGCUUAAUGGCUUUGAACUAGCAGGAAGGCCAAUGAAAGUUGGUCACAUUACUGAACGUACAGAUGCUUCUAGUGCCAGUUCAUUUUUGCACAGUGAUGAACUGGAAAGGACUGGAAUUGACUUGGGAACAACUGGUCGUCUCCACUUAAUGCCUAGACUUGUGGAAGGUACUGGUUUGCAGAUUCCACCAGCUGCACAGCAAGCUUUACAAAUGAGUGGCUCUUUGGCAUUUGGUGCUGUGGCAGAUUUGCAAACACAACUUUCCCAACAGACUGAAGCUUCAGUUUUAGCUGCAGCUGCCUCUGUGCAACUCCUUGCAACACAGUGUUUCCAGCUGUCUAAUAUGUUUAAUCCCCAAACAGAAGAAGAAGUUGGAUGGGAUACAGAGAUUAAGGAUGAUGUGAUAGAAGAGUGUAAUAAACAUGGAGGUAUUCAUAUUUAUGUUGACAAGAAUUCUGCUCAGGGCAAUGUGUAUGUGAAGUGCCCAUCAAUUGCUGCAGCUAUUGCUGCUGUCAAUGCAUUGCAUGGCAGAUGGUUCGCUGGUAAAAUGAUAACAGCAGCGUAUGUACCUCUUCCAACUUACCACAACCUAUUUCCUGAUUCUAUGACAGCAACACAACUACUGGUUCCGAGUAGACGAUGAAGCAAGACAUAGUUCCUUAUGUACAUAGCUUUUUUUUCCCUUGAGAAUUCAUCUUUUAUUUAGGAAAAAAAAAAUAGAAGAGGCAAAAAAAAAA